GCCAGUAGCAUUAGCCGAGAGACAUUGAAUGACUUUGUACCACUUGUGCGGCAGCGUGAAGAAAGUUGACAGGAGCUCAUGGAGGCCCUCAUACCUGUCAUAAACAAACUGCAGGAUGUGUUUAACACGGUCGGCGCAGACGUCAUUCAUCUGCCGCAGAUAGUUGUUGUGGGGACUCAGAGCAGUGGGAAGAGUUCGGUUUUAGAGAGCCUGGUCGGCAGGGACAUCCUGCCACGCGGCACUGGCAUCGUCACACGCCGACCUCUCAUCCUCCAGCUAGUGCACAUUGAUUCUGAGGACUCCAAGAAAACCAGUGAAGAGAAUGAAGCCAAGAAAAAUGGACUCCUUUACAGAGGCAUCGACGGAGAAGAAUGGGGCAAAUUUCUUCACACCAAAAAUAAGACCUACACAGACUUCGAGGACAUCAGGCAAGAAGUCGUUGCAGAAACUGAAAGAAUUUCAGGCAUUAACAAGGGUAUCAGUGAAGAGCCCAUUCACCUGAAAAUCUUCUCCCCACACGUCGUGAACCUCACAUUGGUGGAUCUGCCUGGCAUUACGAAGUUGCCGGUGGGAGACCAGCCCAAAGACAUCGAGCUCCAGAUCAAAGAUCUGAUCUUCAAGUACAUCUCCAACCCCAACUCCAUCAUCCUGGCUGUGACUGCUGCCAAUACGGACAUGGCGACCUCAGAGGCCCUUAAAGUAGCCCGCGAGGUGGACCCUGAUGGCAGGAGGACGCUAGCAGUGGUGACCAAGCUGGAUCUGAUGGACGCUGGCACAGAUGCCAUGGAUGUACUGAUGGGCCGGGUCAUCCCUAUCAAACUGGGCAUUAUUGGAGUCGUUAACAGGAGUCAGUUAGAUAUCAAUCAGAAGAAGUUGGUGGCAGAUGCCGCCCGUGAUGAGUACACCUUCCUACAGAAGAAAUACCCCUCGCUUGCGAACAGAAAUGGAACCAAAUAUCUGGCCAGAACAUUGAACAGGUUACUCAUGCACCACAUCAGAGACUGUCUUCCUGAGCUGAAGACGAGGAUCAACGUGUUGGCAGCUCAGUACCAGUCGUUGCUCAACAGUUAUGGAGAACCCGUCGAUGACAAGAGCUCCACUCUGCUGCAACUCAUCACCAAGUUUGCUGCGGAGUACUGCCACACUAUCGAGGGCACGGCCAAGUACAUCGAGACCACCGAACUAUGUGGCGGAGCGAGGAUCUGUUAUAUUUUUCAUGAAACGUUUGGUCGCACGUUGGAGUCGGUAGAUCCUCUGGGGAAUCUGACGACCAUCGAUGUGCUCACAGCGAUCAGAAAUGCGACGGGCCCGAGGCCCGCUUUAUUCGUGCCCGAGAUUUCAUUUGAGCUGCUGGUAAAGCGGCAGGUGAAGCGCCUGGAGGAGCCCAGUCUGCGCUGCGUGGAGCUGGUUCAUGAGGAGAUGCAGAGGAUUAUCCAGCACUGCAGCAACUACAGCACACAGGAGUUACUGAGGUUUCCAAAGCUCCACGAUGCCAUAGUGGAAGUGGUCACCUCGUUACUCCGAAAGAGACUCCCAGUCACCAAUGAAAUGGUUCAUAACCUGGUUGCCAUAGAGCUGGCCUACAUCAACACCAAGCACCCUGACUUUGCCGAUGCCUGUGGCAUCAUGAACAAUAACAUAGAGGAGCAGAGACGCAACAGAAUGAGAGAGCUGCCCUCUGCUGUGCCCAGAGACAAGUCCCUUAAAGGCCCGGGUGGUCAGUCUCUCUCUCCCACUGAGCCUCUGGCCCUCGAGGGCGAGGCCACCAAGGCUGCAGCAGGAGGCGCUCAGAGCGGCAGCGCCGGCGAUCAGCCGGAGAGCGGGACGGGCAACUGGAGGGGCAUGUUGAAGAAGGGAGAAGAUGGCCCGGCUGGGGACCGAGCCAUGCUCCAGUACCCCCACCCCGCCAGCCCUCAAAGGGGCCAUGCUGUCAACCUGCUGGAUGUGCCUGUACCAGUGUCCAGAAGGUUGUCUGCUCGAGAGCAGCGGGACUGCGAGGUCAUCGAGAGACUCAUCAAGUCCUACUUCCUUAUUGUGCGGAAGAACAUCCAGGACAGUGUACCGAAGGCGGUGAUGCACUUCCUGGUGAACCAUGUGAAGGACUGCCUGCAGAGUGAGCUGGUGGGUCAGCUGUACAAGGCGGGCCUGCUGGACGACCUGCUGACAGAGUCCGAGGACAUGGCUCAGAGACGCAACGAGGCCGCGGACAUGCUCAAGGCGUUGCAGAAAGCCACCCAGGUGAUCGCCGAGAUCAGAGAAACCCAUCUGUGGUGAGGGCGCCCCCCCCCCCAUCCCCCGUGGACCAUCCAAAAGCUCCUCAGACUGCAGAGACGAACAAGUUGAAGAAGCACUGGUGUGGAUGGGCGUCUACGGAAACAUAGUUUUAAUGUACAGUAAGGACUUUAAUGAAGGGCGGGGCAUCCCGGCUCCUCUCAUCAGCGUCACACGCGCUCCUAUCCGUCAUUAUCGAUCUUUCCCGUGUAAUUGAAAUGAUAAGUAGACUCAUUGUGUGCAUCACCACGAUGUGGAGCCUUGCUGAGGAAUCUCGGCUCCGAAUUUAAAAUAGAAUUAAAGCUGGAAAUGAAAGAAAGAAGAAAAAAAGCAUGCGCGGCAACAUGCAGACGUUCUCUUUAUCACGUCAAUUCUUUGAUGAGAUGUUGACUGAAUGAUACGUCUGCUGACGAUGUUUUCCAAAGAAAUGCACUUCAUGUAGAUCUUUACAAACCGCAGACAUGAAACUAUUCUACAUCACACACACGCGUGUCCCCUUUCGUUUCCAUCUCAUCGCGUGUUUCGAGGUUCCAGUGCAUCGAGUAGCGGCUGAACGGUUGCUGUAUGCUGGACGCGGAGACACAGACGAGGCAGCAGAGCGGAUGUAAUGUCUUAUUUAUUGUUUUGAUAUCAUGAUAAUUGACAUGUAACCCAACACAACAGAACAAUGAAUACACAGGUGAUAGACACGCGGGCCAAUCACCGGCGUCGCGAUCUGCUUCGUCCCCGUCCGGCUGCUCCUGCUUCACCGCAGCCGGCCGCCCAUCUUGCCCUUGCCACGUCCUUUGGCGCUGAAAGGAUGGAGGAAAAAAGAUCAACGCGAAGCACCGCAAUCGGUUGAGGACACGGGGUGUGUUUUGUGAAGUGUUGACGGUGAGCACGGGCGCGUUCUGCGUCUCAGACGUACGUUUGAUCACAAUUGUUAAGGACUCGGCUCAAUAAAUGUAUUUCAGUGCAGCUUAAAAACGUCAGUCACGCUAAGGACAAAUAAAGUAAAGUGUAUUUCCUUCUCAGUUGUAAAAGGGUCCCGUUAAUGCUCAUGUAUCUUCUGUGGGAAUGUAUUAUUUUUUUGCAGUACAAUUAGACUACCAGAGCCUGCCAUGUGCAACGUGUGGUCGGACGGUCGUAGUUCCACGCCAGUGUUAGAGAAUAAAUGGCCUCGGGAAGGUGUGGCUAAUCUAUAAAGUUUUGAUUGUGUUUUUAACAUUAAAAUGAUUGUGAUCGUACUCUGAGGUCUUUGAUCUUUCCACAUCUAUAACGGCGGCGUACAUGUGAGGUGGUACGGUGGAUAGAAAAUGGAAAGAAGUGUAUUUUGACGACGGGGUUUGUGCUCUUACUUCUGGUGGUCCCGGACUCGAGCGAGAAGCUGGUUAAUCUGUAAAAACAUCGAUCUUGCUCAAUGUUUUUUUUUAUUUUUAGUACACACACAUGACUCCAGAUACGUCCAGGCGAGCCGAAGCCCCUUUCACCUGUCGUGUGUAACCUGCGUGUGCAGCUUGUGUCACGUGACGCAUUAAAGACGGAUGCCGUUGAAGAUUUAGAGCAGAAAUUGUAUCUCCAGACCUGAUUUUUUUUUUUUUCUAAAACUUGACAUUAAAACCUUGUCGACUCCA